CACACGCCCACUUCAGCCAGUCAGCUACUCCAGUUCAGUGUUUCAGCUGGGGGUGUUGAUCUGUGCACCGGUGACGUUUGCCGUCAAAGUUUCGCAACAAAUUUGCACUUUUUGCGAUCCCUUCCAGCUCCUUUCGUUAAUGCAGUUAAUAUCCAAUUGAAAAAUGAGUAGCAGAGACGACGAAUACGACUACUUGUUCAAAGUGGUGCUCAUCGGAGACUCAGGCGUGGGAAAAAGCAACUUGCUAUCAAGAUUCACAAGGAACGAAUUCAAUGUUUCGUCGAAAUCCACAAUUGGUGUUGAAUUUGCCACCAAGAGCAUUCAGGUCGAUGGGAAGACAAUAAAAGCCCAAAUUUGGGACACAGCUGGCCAAGAAAGAUACCGAGCCAUCACUUCUGCCUACUACAGAGGGGCAGUCGGUGCCCUCCUGGUGUAUGAUAUUGCCAAACACCUCACUUACGAAAAUGUGGAGCGAUGGCUGAGAGAACUGAGAGACCACGCAGACCAGAACAUUGUCAUCAUGUUGGUGGGCAACAAAUCAGACUUGAGACAUCUGAGAGCUGUGCCCACUGAUGAGGCCAAAGUGUUUGCUGAGAAGAAUGGCCUUUCCAUCAUCGAAACUUCAGCUUUGGAUUCCACCAAUGUUGAGACUGCUUUCCAAAACAUUCUCACCGAGAUCUACCGGAUUGUGUCCAUGAGACAAGUUGAUUCUGGCAUGGACCGGAGAGGACGCAAUCCACACGACAUGAGACCAAUCCAUGUUGAGGCCACAACACAAGAGGAAUCUGGUUUCAAAAUGUCAUCCUGCUGUUCAUCGCAAUAAAUCACACAUUCAAACUUUCCUUUCAUAGCGAUUUUUGCAAGUCAGCAUUAUCUUCAAAGAUACUUAUAAUAUUAUAAUUACUAUUUUACUCAUAUUUUGCAUCCCAUCUUGUAUUAUUAUAGAUUGGCAUCAUUGUACACUUUUUACAUUGUUCUGGGCCUCUAAUUGCGAACUUUUCUGAUUUUCAUAUAGGCGUUGGCUUAUCACAUCUAUAGAAAAUUAUUUUCAUGUAUUUUUUUAUAGUUUACCGUCUAGUUUUAGAUGCUGCAUACAUGCUGUAAUUUUGCAUUAAUGGAAGCUUUUAUAAAUUGUAAUUAUGUUAAACUGUAAGAUGAUGCUAGAGACGUGGAUCGCAAGAAAAAAACAAAGGUUAUUUUAAACGUUCACAGGCGCUAAAUUCAAAGCACACGAAAAUUGUAUUUUCGCACAAUUGUUGAGAUGGUUUAAUUGGUUUUGGAACAGCUCUGCGCAUGCAUGUACACACUCUGGGUGAUAGCUGCUGAAUAAUAUUUGCAUUCAAUUCUAUUUCAAAAUAUGUUUAUAUUGCGUAAUUGUAAUAAAACUAAUUGAAUCUAUA